CCUUAAGGGGCGCGCUGACAUCAGCGCGCCGCCGCCGCCGCUACCCGUGGGGUGGGAUUUCCUCCGCCGCCGCCGCCGCCGCCGCCGCCGCCGCCGCCGCCGCCGCCGGUCCUGCGCCGCGUCCAGCCCGCCCCGCCCGACCCCGGCCCGACCCCGGCCGGCCCCGCCCGCCCGGCCCCGGGGAGGGAUGCGGCGGCGCGGCGCCCAGGAUGCCCCGCAGCCCCGGGACGCGCCUCAAACCCGCCAAGUACAUCCCGGUGGCCACGGCCGCCGCGCUGCUGGUCGGCUCCAGCACCCUGUUCUUCGUGUUCACGUGCCCAUGGUUGACUCGAGCUGUGUCCCCCGCUGUUCCUGUCUACAAUGGCAUCAUCUUCCUCUUUGUCCUGGCCAACUUCAGCAUGGCCACCUUCAUGGACCCUGGCGUCUUCCCCCGAGCGGAUGAGGACGAGGAUAAGGAGGAUGACUUCCGGGCCCCGCUGUACAAGAACGUGGAUGUGCGGGGCAUCCAGGUCCGUAUGAAGUGGUGCGCAACCUGCCACUUCUACCGCCCACCUCGCUGCUCCCACUGCAGCGUCUGCGACAACUGCGUAGAGGACUUUGACCACCACUGCCCCUGGGUCAACAACUGCAUUGGGCGCCGCAAUUACCGAUACUUCUUCCUGUUCCUGCUGUCACUCAGCGCACACAUGGUGGGCGUGGUCGCCUUUGGCCUGGUCUACGUGCUGAACCAUGCUGAGGGGCUGGGAGCUGCCCACACCGCCAUCACCAUGGCCGUCAUGUGUGUGGCUGGCCUCUUCUUCAUCCCUGUCAUCGGCCUCACUGGCUUCCACGUGGUGCUGGUCACUCGGGGGCGUACCACCAAUGAGCAGGUGACGGGGAAGUUCCGUGGGGGCGUGAACCCCUUCACCCGAGGCUGCUAUGGGAAUGUGGAGCACGUGCUGUGCAGCCCUCUGGCACCCCGGUACGUGGCGGAGCCCCCCCGGCUGCCGCUGGCUGCUCGCCUGAAGCCACCCUUCCUUCGGCCCGAGCUCCUGGAGCGAGCUGCCCCGCUCAAGGUCAAGCUUAGUGACAACGGGCUGAAGGCUGGCCUGGGCCGCAGCAAGUCCAAGGGCAGUCUGGACCGGCUGGAUGAGAAGCCGCUGGACCUGGGGCCACCACUGCCCCCCAAGGCGGAGGCCGGCACGUUCGGAGGUGACCUGCAGACCCCACGCCCGAGCAGUGCUGAGAGCGCCCUGUCGGCGCAGAGGACCAGCCCCCCGACACCUGCCAUGUACAAGUUCCGGCCUGCCUUUCCCUCGGGUCCCAAGGCGCCCUUCUGCGGGCCUGGUGAGCAGGUCCCUGGCCCUGACUCCCUGACAUUGGGGGAAGACAGCAUCCACAGCCUGGACUUUGCGUCGGAGCCCAGCCUGGACCUCCCUGACUACACGCCUGGAGGCUUGCAUGCAGCCUACCCGCCGUCCCCGCCACUCAGUGCUGCUGACACCUUUUCGGGUGCCUUGCGCUCCCUGAGCCUCAAGGCAGCAAGCCGGAGGGGUGGGGACCACGUGGCCCUGCAGCCUCUGCGCUCUGAGGGCGGGCCCCCCACGCCCCACCGCAGCAUCUUCGCCCCCCACGCGCUGCCCAACCGCAAUGGCAGCCUGUCCUAUGACAGUCUGCUUAACCCCGGCUCUCCCGGCAGCCACACGUGCCCAGCCCACGCCGCGGCCGGGGUGGCCAGCUACCGCUCGCCCUACCUGCACCCGGGGGCGGUGGGUGACCCGCCACGGCCCCCGCCCCGUAGCUUCAGCCCGGUGCUGGGCCCCCGGCCACGGGAGCCCUCACCUGUGCGCUACGACAACCUGUCCAGGACCAUCAUGGCCUCCAUCCAGGAGCGCAAGGACAGAGAGGAGCGGGAGCGGCUGCUGCGCUCUCAGGCCGACUCGCUCUUCGGCGACUCAGGCGUCUAUGACGCGCCCAGCUCCUACAGCCUGCAGCAGGCCAGCGUGCUGUCCGAGGGCCUCCGCGGCCCUGCCUUGCGCUACGGCUCCAGAGACGACCUCGUGGCGGGGCCCGGCUUCGGCGGUGCCCGCAACCCCGCGCUGCAGACUUCACUGUCCUCGCUGUCCAGUGCCGUGAGCCGGGCACCGCGGACCUCCUCCUCCUCCCUGCAGGCCGACCUGGCCAACAACAACGCCCCUGGGCCUCGGCCCGGCAGCGGCUCGCACAGGUCCCCGGUGCGCCAGGGUCCCCCCUCCCCACCCAGCACGCCCCGCUCACCCUCCUAUGCAGGCCCCAAAGCUGUCGCCUUCAUCCACACGGACCUCCCGGAGUCGCCACCCUCGCUGGCUGUGCAGAGGGACCACCCUCAGCUGAAGACCCCCCCAAGUAAACUUAACGGGCAGUCCCCGGGCCUGGCCCGCCUGGGGCCUGCCGCUGGCCCCCCAGGGCCCUCCGCCAGCCCUGCCCGGCACACGCUCGUUAAGAAGGUGUCCGGCGUGGGUGGGACCACGUACGAGAUCUCAGUGUGAGAGGACUGACUGCCAUCCAUCCGCCGUGGAGCCCCGGGGACCAGGACCCCCAGCGGCUGCCCUCCCCUCCCGACUUCUCUGCCCCGGGAGACAAGGAGGCCCAGGCCUGGUGUGGACACGUCAGCGGAAGAAACCACGCCUCCACAAGCCUGUUCCUCUUCCUUCCGCCUGUCCAUCCACCCAUCUGCUCAGCAGGGCGCAGCUGGGCCAAGGGCCGCCGGGCUGCAGGAUCUGUGCGGCGGUGCCCCGCUCCCACAGGUGGGGGGGGCGAGGGGGUGUGGCCUACAUCUGCACCUGCUGCACCCAUUCCCCUGAGGCCUGUCCCCACCUACUCCCCUCACAGAUGGGUCACUGUGGCCCAGAGAUGGACAGAGAGGCCUGGGUCCCUGGCCAUACCGGACCGAGGCCCCACCUCCCGGCUGCUCCUAACUCGUUGCCUUUCAGGGACCCGCUGGAAGCUUGUAGCUUGGCCAGGCCAGUUCUUCUUCGGGGAGUCCAGCCCCAGCCUACAGGCACCCAGCUCUGGGAUUGCUCUGGGUUCUGACAGACAGGUGGCCGAUGGACAGCCAGCCAGCUGUGGGUGGGGUCUUGGCUCCGUGUGUCCUGUCUCGCCCAGCUGCUGGGUGCGUCCCCGUGUCUGUGCGCUGAGCUGCCACGCCGCGUCCCAUGUGUUAACGCUCGGGCCCCCGCUGCCCCCACUGCCGGGAAACUUGCUUUCAUUGAAGCCUUAACCUCUGCUUUAUGCUCUUGUGGGAGGCGACCAGGGUGGGUGGGGGGAGGCAGGUGGGAGCAGGCACGGGCCGGACGCUGCCACAGGGGACCCAUAAGACCAGGAGUCCUCUCCCUGCCAAACUGGAGAUUCCCUACCCCAAGGCAUGCCAAGUCCAGGCCCUGCAGGAGCCUCGGCGCCCUCAUGGGAAGCACAUGGGGGAGGGGGCCAGAGUUUUGCCUGGUGCCAGGGACCCGAGAGUAAGCACACGGCAGCGUCCGCUUGCGUUGUGUCUGUUUUAUGUUUUUAUAUCUACAUCUAUAUAUCUAUAAUUUUAUUAAAAAAAGAAAAACAGUCA